GUACCCCACCACUUUGAUGUCAAUGAAUGACUCACUCUUUUCUUUAUUUCUUCUCCUCUAAGAUUUAUUACAUCUAAACCUUUUUCAAGUUUCUUUUUUUCCCACAAACACAUGCACAGUUUCUCCUUCUACCAAUAUCCAUUUCUCAUUCCUCUCUAAAUCCACACCCAAUUUCCAAGGUAAAUGAAGUGCUUAUGUGAGAAAGACUCUGGUCUAUGUUCUGCUCAUUCAACAUCCCACCAUGUUUUUGGAUGCCCAUCAUGGGGAACUUCUUCUGAAUCUGAAGUCCAACAAACAUCUAUGUCCAAAACUUUGAGCUUGAAAGUUGAUGCUAUUCCACAAAAAUGCCUCAAGAGUAAGGCACUGAGUUUUCAAUUCCAAGAACACGAUUCUUCUUCAACUCAGUCGUCUGGUCAAUCUUAUCCUGAAGUUGGCUCACCACAAUCAGGUCAAAUUCCUUUCCAGCAUAGUUCUUCAACCAGUUCAACGUUUAAGAUAACCGAGGGGAAUGACAUGGGAUGUCUCAUCGAGACGUCUAUUGGGAGUCCAAAUCUCACCAUCCAUCCUCCACCAAUGGAUCACAGCCAAUCACUUGCGCAUUUUGCAUUCCACUUUGCUGAUCCAUGCUACAGUGGCCUACUGGCUGCUUCAUAUGGUCCACAGUAUAAGUUAUUGGGAACUGCUGCUCCUGUUCGUAUUCCUCUGCCAUCUGAUCUUGCAGAAGAACCGAUAUUUGUGAAUUCCAAGCAGUACCAUGCUAUUAUGAGGCGAAGACAAUGUCGAGCAAAACUUGAAGCACAUAACAAACUCAUCAAAGAUCGUAAACCAUAUCUUCAUGAGUCCCGCCAUGUACAUGCAUUAAAGAGAGCUAGAGGUGCCGGUGGCCGUUUUCUCAACGCUAAAAAGCUCCAAGAAUCAAAGCUAGAUUCACCAAACCAUGGCCAAAAAAGUGUUUCCAACUAUACUUGUUUGAAUUUGAAUGGAAAUAUGGUAGAAUCUAAAAUGCAUGAUGAGGUUGAAAACUACAGAGAUGGUGCUUCAUAUGCAUCCAAUAGGAAUGAAAUGUUGGAGCAGCAAGAGGAGUUAGAGUUCAGGCUAUGCAGUUACCCUUCUUCUCAGAGUGGAAGGAACAUGCAAGAUUAUACAGCUGACAAGGGUGUUGGUGCGAAUGAACGCCGACACCGACUAUCGGUCCUCAUGUGAAAGACUAGACUUGUAGAACACAUUACAUCAUUGUGGUUGGUUAUUCUUCAUGUUAUGAAGACCACUGCUUGAUUGUGUUCUCUCCACUAUUGGGAAGUCAUCCUUGGCUCAUAUUUACUUAUGUCUAACUGUUUUGAUUAUUAUUUUAAUUUUCCAUCACUAUAUAUAUUUUUUUUUGGUGAAAAUGUUGGGUGAGGGUGCACCGUGGUUACUGUUACCCGGCCAGUGUGUGGCCGUAGCCUGUAUGAGUCAUGGACCACAGGCGGCUGACGGCGCACUCCUUUCCAUCACAUUUUACUGCUUAUUGUAUUGUGUAGCCUAAAAUUUUUUAGGCAAAAAGCAAGCAUUGACUUGUGUAAAAAACAAUGCUUUUCUAUGUUGAUGUAUGCAAAUGUGACUUUAAUGUUGGAACUUUUGGUCUAAUAAGUUUGUUUGCAUCUCAAA